UUGAGCGCCAGCCUCGAACCCAAGAGUCAAUUCAAGACUUCAAAACUUCAACGUUACACGUUGUUUCUUUGAGUGUAAACUUGUAAAGGCCCACGUUUGUUUGUCGGUGUCGAAGAUGAUCAUAAAAACGUUUUUAGAACGAAAUUAUGCUGCUCAGGCCCAAGCCACUGCAGCCGCCACUGCUCCCUCUACCGGCCGUGUGAUUGCGGUUAUCGGUGCGGUUGUAGAUGUUCAGUUUGACGAAAAUUUGCCCCCCAUUCUCAAUGCGUUGGAGGUUAAGGGGCGGUCACCACGACUCAUCCUCGAAAUAGCACAGCACCUCGGUGAAAACAUAGUUCGCACUAUUGCCAUGGAUGGCACAGAAGGUUUGGUUCGUGGUCAGCAGUGCGUGGAUACUGGCGGUCCAAUUUGUAUUCCCGUCGGCCCUGAGACGUUAGGUCGUAUCAUGAACGUCAUCGGCGAGCCGAUUGACGAGCGCGGCCCCAUUGUUACAAAGAUGAAGUCAGGCAUUCACCAAGAGGCGCCCGAUUUCGUAGAAAUGAGCACAGAGCAGGAAAUUUUGGAAACGGGGAUCAAGGUAGUUGACCUCUUGGCUCCAUACGUGAAGGGAGGUAAAAUUGGUCUGUUCGGUGGUGCCGGUGUCGGAAAAACGGUUCUUAUCAUGGAAUUAAUCAAUAACAUUGCACGUGCACACGGUGGUUACUCUGUCUUCGCGGGUGUGGGUGAGCGUACCCGAGAAGGCAAUGAUCUGUACCAUGAAAUGAUCACCACCGGAGUGAUAGAUCUCAAAGGCAACAAUUCCAAGGUAGCCUUGGUGUACGGACAGAUGAAUGAACCCCCGGGAGCGCGCGCUCGUGUCGCUCUCUCAGGAUUAACCGUGGCGGAGUAUUUCCGUGACCAGGAGGGCCAAGAUGUGUUGCUGUUCGUCGACAACAUCUUCCGCUUUACACAGGCAGGUUCAGAGGUGUCGGCCCUCUUGGGUCGUAUACCGAGCGCUGUAGGAUAUCAACCAACUCUUGCCACUGAUAUGGGUACUAUGCAAGAAAGAAUCACUUCAACCAAGAAGGGUUCCAUCACGUCAGUGCAAGCCAUCUAUGUGCCUGCUGAUGAUCUGACUGAUCCAGCACCAGCGACCACUUUCGCUCACUUGGAUGCCACGACGGUGCUCAGUCGGGCCAUUGCUGAACUUGGUAUCUAUCCCGCUGUCGAUCCUCUCGACUCCAACAGCCGCAUUCUUGAUCCCAACAUAGUCGGCGAGGAGCACUAUUCUGUCGCUCGUGGUGUUCAGAAAAUCCUACAGGAUCAUCGAUCUCUCCAAGAUAUUAUUGCUAUCCUCGGUAUGGAUGAACUUUCGGAAGAGGAUCGUCUGACAGUUGCGCGAGCUCGCAAGAUUCAGCGGUUCUUGAGCCAGCCUUUCCAAGUUGCUGAAGUGUUCAUUGGUCGUGAGGGCAAAUUGGUGUCCUUGAAGGAUUCCAUUAAGGGCUUCAAGAUGAUUAUCAACGGUGAAUUGGACCAUAUCCCGGAGGCUGCAUUCUUCAUGGUUGGUGCGAUUGAAGAUGUUUUAGAAAAGGCUGAACAAUUGGCGAAAGAAAGCGCAUAA